UCACCGGAUCCCGGCCGGAGAUUCCCAGCUAGCACCCAAAUAUCACUGAGGAACGUUGACAGGGGAGAGGUCUGUAUCAUGCUGCUUUGUAUUGCUCUGCAUAGCAGAGCAAUAGAAAGCAGCAUGCUUACAUAGUAAAACAGCACAUAACAUGAAACACAAACAGCACACAGUUAACCUUUUGAUCACCCCAGAUGUUAACGCCUUCCUGCCCAGUGCCAUUAGUACAGUGUCAGUGCUUUUUAUUAGCACUGAUCACUGUAUUAGUAUCACUGGGGAUGUCAGUGGCAGGUAGUCAGUUCCCCCCAGUGUCAGAAUGCCCACCACAGUCCC